AAACAACUUGAGCUCACAGGAUAGCAGUAAGCAGUACGUUCUGGCGUUGGUAUGCAGUCGUUGUGCCAUGCCCAUAACGCCUUUCUUCUGUAGAAUAUCGCUGUACUCCCAGCCUACACAGUUGAAGCAAGAUCGGAGCUGUAGGGAAGAGAUCUGCUACAUGUAAACUGUGCCUGCUUCCAGUGUAGCGAGCGAUGAGGUUGUAACAGCCUGGUGUUAAAAGUGUGUCAAGGAGCAGCCGAUGUCGCAUCACCUGGAUCUCGAGCACCACCAUCACCACCACCACAACCACCACCAAGGUGGCGACGAGACCACCCCCUUGCCGGCAUCGCCAGAGGGCGACCACGGCGCAAGCCACCAUGGGGAAGGCCACCAGGGGCACCACGGGGGCUCGAUGCACUCGAUGGUGAUGCACGGGGGCUACAGCGAGACGGUGCUCUUCUCGUGGUGGGUCAUCGACUCGCCGACCAGCUUGGUGGCGUCGGUGUUGGGCACGGCGCUGCUGGCAGCUGUGUUCGAGGGCCUCAAGUACUACCGCGAAUAUCUCUUCUGGCGGAGCGUGACGGCAGCCUCGGGCCCGGAGCGCGGGGCACUGCCGCUGCUACCCGUAGAUGGCGCCGCCGACGCAGACGCGCUACCCAGGAGUCGGUCCACCGUGUCCGUGCGCAGGGCCAGCGGCAUGCUCGAUCGGCUGCACCUCAUCCAGACCGUGCUGCAGGCGCUCCAGCUGCUGCUCUCCUACGCACUCAUGCUCAUCUUCAUGACCAUGAACGUCUGGCUCUGCUUCGCGAUCCUGGUCGGCGACUGCCUCGGCUUCUUCCUCUUCGCCUGGAAGAGACCCACUGUCAUAGAGACCAUGGACACGUGCCACUAGGCUUGCUACAACACAAACAGUCGAUUCCGGACUUCUCAUCUACUGAACUCCUGUGUAGUGUCUCCCUUGAAGACGAAACUCCCAUUUCGUUGAUCCUGCAAUCAGCAGUGUGUCGAAUGGAAAAGAACUGCUGGAUGCUGGACACUUGUCAAUAGGGUACAGCCAUCCCAGUCCAUUUGCAAUUAGCUUAAUACCACAGUCAGUUCUGUGAUUCUUACACAGUUUUUUUUCUGAAGACGAAACUCCUCUUAUCUGGAUGCUGCAACCAGAUCUGCUUCGAAUGGAAGAGAACUGUUAUCUUCGAGCCCACGACUACUUGGCCCUAGGCUAUGUGCUCCCCGGACAUUAAAUUACACAUCAAAUAAAAGAUGCAUAUUGUCAUAGGGGCCAGUGAUACCUGCCACUAGCCUACAAGCUACCCAUUGCACGUGGAGAAGGCUUGCUGUCUCGCGACUGUGUUCUCGUCUUCUCAUGGACAGAAACCUUGAAGAAAAACUGUUUAUUGACCUUGCACACAGCGUUACUUCGAAUGGGAGACACCUACUGUGAUAUAGACCACGGACACUUACCACUAGUUUGCAGCUAGCUUGGUGGACAUACAAGAAGUUUACUAUCACGCAGAUGUUACUUUCUGGGGAUCUCACUUGAAAAAUGCCUAUGUAUUUUCUCACCUGAAGACGAUGCUCCAGUUUUGAUAUUCCUGCACCCAACUUUAUUUGAAGGAGAACUACUGUCUUCGUGAAGAUGGACAUUUGGCUCCAAGAUAGAGAUGCACAAUGCUCCUACGAGAAUCUUGUCCUGAAAAUUAAACUCCUGUUUUUCUUGUGCUGCUCCAGUUUUAUAUGGAAUGGAAGAUACCUAUUGUCAUAGAGGCAGUGGACACAUACCCAGUUUGCCUGCAAGUGGCUUGCUAUCAUACAGACAGUUGAUUCUGUGCAGCUUCUCGCUCGAAGAUGCAACCCUUGUUUUGCUUCUGCUACACUGAACUUUUUAGGAAUCGAUAACCUGUAUAUAAUUACGCUCUCAGCGCUGAAGAACGUCGGUGGCUGCGAAAACUUUUCGCCCUCCACCGAAAUCAGGUCAGCGUCACCGUUGGGAUAUUUUGUUGUACAUGUUAAAACCUGUAUAAUU